AUGGCGUCUCGAAAAGACCAGUUCAUGAAAAUAUGGAAUCAUCCAGUGACAGACUUUCUCAGGGGUAAAUGGUUUUUUUACAUUUUAGCCAUCUUCAUAUUACUUGCACAUUUCUUCCCCAAUUUUGCAGGUGAUGAUGGCAUAAUCAGAGGUCAGUACAGUAUUGGAUAUGGAGCGGUUGCAUGCAUUUUUUUGAACAGCGGUUUAAACAACAAGACUAAACGGCUAAUAGCUGAGAUUUCCAAUUGGAGAGCCCACAUCACGGUAAUUUUACUAAGCUUUUUCAUAACCUCAUCCAUCGUGUUUGCAUUUUGCUGUGCAAUAAAGAAGGCUCAUGAUAAAAAUAUGGACGAUUGGGUUUUAAUCGGUUUUUUACUUAUGGCGGCAUCGCCAACAACGGUGGCCUCCAAUGUAAUGAUGACCAGUCAAGCUGGCGGUAAUGAUCUUUUAUGCACUUGUGAAGUCUUCAUAGGUAACAUUCUAGGGGCAUUUGUUACUCCUGGUAUUAUUCAACUUUUCACAGAUUCCGCACUUUUCAAAUUUGGUAACCCUGCGAAUCAUAGCAGCGUAAAGGACGUGUAUCGUCGUGUUCUUUUCCAAGUGGGCCUUUCAGUGUUUGUACCAUUAGCAACAGGUCAAAUUAUUCAAAAUGUUCUGCCGAAACCGACUCAAAUAUACUCAAAUUUUCUGAAGAAAUACCACCUAAAAAUUGGGGCUUACAUGUUACUUCUUAUCAUGUUUAAUUCCUUCUCUACUGCUUUCAAGCAAAAGGCAUUUACAGAGGUUUCUCAUGCAUGUAUCAUUUUCGUUUGCUUCUUCGAUCUAGGCUUGUACCUUUUCUUUACGGGAAUAUGCUUCUUAUGUGCUAGGCCUUAUUUAUUGCUGCUACUCUUUAAAAAGAAGCCAGUUAAAGGUGAAUCGUCCAAGUUAUACUACUAUUCUUACGGGUUAUUCCGGCCCUUUUAUUACAAUAAAAGAGAUACUGUUUGCCUGUUGUACUGCGGACCCGCCAAGACUGCAGCCCUAGGAGUUUCCUUAGUCACUUCACAAUAUGGAGAUGAGAAGUCCAAUUUAGGUAAAAUGUUGUUACCACUUGUCCUAUACCAAGCCAUACAGGUUUUGAGUGCAAGUUUCUUGGUCCCACUAUUCAAAUGGUGGUGUAGCGACGAGAUUGCCAAAUUGGAAGCGCAGAAGACUGAUUUAGAGAAGAAUCCUACAGGAAAGGGCGAGCAUGAUAAUUCAUCAAAUCAGGUCAAUCAAGACGGUAAUGUUGAAGAGCAGGAAAGUACUGAUAUGAGUAAAGACCAGCACACUGACGAUUCUAAAUCUCAAUUCUUUUCCACUAUCAAUGAAAGUGCAUCUUACUAA